AUGUCAUCGCCUGCGCAUGUGCAAUUCUCAGCUUACGUCCCAGAAGACCCUGCACUCACAUACACCUGGAAAAACACAGGUCCAGCGUCUUUAAAUCUCCAGAAUUUCUUACUGAAUUUGAGAGAUGGUGAAGUGAUGAUUCCACGGGAUGUCGUGUAUAGUGCCGCCACCGAGUUCAUUUCCAGGUACCCCGGGGCCAAAAGCAUAGAACUUGAAUUCUCUGUGACAGUAACAGAUACAACAGGAGCCACUGAUACAGCAUCGGGCAAGGUCGAUCUGGCGUUGCAACUGGAACCUCCUUUCCUCGCACUGAAUUCCGCGGAUAGUUUUUCCAUUCAGAAGCACGAGAGCGUGAACUUAUCAGUAAUCCCUGAUUAUUGCCCUUUUGUGGCAACACUAUUCGACCCGGGUGUAAGUCUACAGUGGACAGCUAGCUGCCCCAAUGACCCGCGAACAGCCGAUCAGCUGCUGCGGCUAAGUGCCGACGAAACUACUGCCAGUGUAAGGCCAUAUACGCUGACUCCCGGAUACAGAUAUACCAUUAGCGCAACCCUGCGCUACACUUCAGACGCGACUCUCAGCGCAUCGAAGGAGUUCACAAUCGCCGUAGGCACAGACAGUGUCCAGAUUCGGAUUCAGUAUGCCCCGCAUCCUAGUCGGUCUGAGCGAGGUAGCAAAGCUGGCAGAGUUACAUUGGAUGCAAAUCGGGCGUCGCAUCGUGAGGAGCCUACGGCUGUUACUGAGGAAGCCACUCUCUCAGCUGAUGGUACGACAUUACCUGGUAGAGACACCCUGUAA